CUCAGCUCAGACUCGAUCGUGUCGGAGGGAAAGCAGGUUCCAAACUUGGCACAAUGACGGACGCCUUAGUGGCAAGUAUACCCGGGGAACCUGAGAUACCCACCCUGCCAGAGCUGCUUGCUUCGACGGGCACUCUUCCCUUGUCGGUCUUGUCCUCGCCAGACACGUCUGCGUAUCUUUCGCAUCUUACAACUCUACCGCUAUCCGAGCUUACGUCCCAGCCUGCAGAGCUUUCGUCGUCUUCUGCGCAGCUCACCAAUGCGCUCACGACGCUAUGCUACACGUCCUACCCGACCUUCCUCUCCAUCCACUCGUCAACCUCCGCCCUCUCAUCCUCGCUCUCUGCCUUCUCGUCUUCCCUCGAUGCCCUCAUCUCAUCCCUCCCAUCCCUGGAGUCCUCCGCACAAUCCUUCGCCGAAGACACGCGCUCCAUCCAGAAGGACAGGCGCAAAGCAGCGCUCGUCCUCGAGCACCACGACAAGCUGCACGACGUCCUCUCGCUCCCCACACUGCUCGACUCCUGCGUGCGGAACCACACCUACAACGAGGCGCUGCUGCUCGCACAGCACGCGGCGGGGCUCGCGGCGCGCUUCCCGGAGAACGCGCUCGUGCAGAGCGUCAAGGCGGAGUGCGACGCGCGCGUGCAGGCGAUGCUCGGCCAGCUCCUGCGCAUGCUCAGCGAGCAGGCGAAGCUCCCCGCGCUCUUCCGCGCGGUCGGCUUCCUCCGCAAGAUGGACGUGCUCGACGAGCCCGAGCUCGCGCUCGCGUUCCUCACGGGCCGCGGCGUGUACCUCGACGGCCUGCUCAAGACGGUCGAGGUCGAGAAGAAGGGCGUCGAGGGAGACAAGGAGCGCGAGAAGGAGGCGUAUGCGCGAUAUCUGAAGAAGUACGUCGACCUGUGGAGGGAGUGUGUGUAUGAUGUCGUCACGCAGUACACGACGAUCUUCCUCGAGCGGGCGCCGUCGACGUCGAGGGCGGCGCCGACACAGUUGCACAUGCUCCUCACGACUUUCACCGGCUUGCAUCUGCAACGGCUCCUGGCACUCUUGCGCGAGACGCUCCCUCACAUCCCGGACCCCUCCCUGCUCACGUCGCUCCUUACGCAACUCACGUACUGCGCGAACUCGUUUGCUCGGGUUGGCAUGGACUUCAAGGGCCUACUGGCUCCCAUCUUCAUAGACGCGGUACGGAUGGGCGUACAAAACGAGCUGGAGGGGGCAGCGGAUGGGUGGUGUGACGCGCUGAAGCCCAGCACGAGCUACAAAUUCAAAACGGCCUCCAAGAGGCCUUCGCGAUUCAUAGUCGCCGCCGCCGCCGCUUUGUCGCCUCCACUACCGACGGACACCCAACUGCAGGCGCUCUCGUCCGGGCCUCCGAACGUUCCACCGCCUAUCCUUGUGUCGUAUCCGCCGCUAGCGACAUACACGAACGCUAUCCUGACUGCACUCAAUGGUCUGCGUCUGCUAGCGCCUGUCGAGUUACUGGACGACUUGUUACGUGCCUUGGAUGCAUCCUUGGCGCGCGGACUCGGUACACUGCUGAGUCUUGCUCGGGAUCGGCCAUGGACAUCCGAACCGAAGUAUAUGCCCGUAGAAGACGAAGAUCAGAAAGAGAUCGAGACUCUCAAGUCAGCGGGGACGGUGUAUGUGAAGGUGUUCGUUCCGUUUCUGAGGAGGGCAUUGGUGGAGGGCGUGUAUGGGGUUAAGAUGGGCGAGGUGGAUGUGUCUCCCGGCGAAGACCUCCACACUGCACUGAAGGAAUGGGAAGGCUGGCGCGCCGAUGUGGAUGGUGAGACUACAGAAGGACAGUGAAUAUAGUUUUUGCCGCUACCGAGUGUGAUACCUGCUAAGAUUACAAUUGAGUAUGCACCUAUCCGGGCAGAAUGCGCCUUGAGGCAGCGAUGUCCAGGACAACCAGCUGCGUCCAGACAUAUAUACAAGGACGACAAGUGUGCAUUGAUAUGCCAAUGCAUGUACUGGGUA